AUGACCUCAGACGUACAUGGCCAGCGCUUCCGACAGUUCCGCUACCUUGAGGCCGAUGGGCCCCGAGAGAUGUGUGGAGAAUCCCUGCAGAUAGAAGCGACAUCCUCUGAGGCGGAAGGAGCUUCCUUGGAGCAAGAGGAGGGAGCGCAGGGGCAGGAACAUAUCCACGAUGCCCUCUUCUGUGGUAAGGACUCUUUGUGCCUGGAUACGAUUGGGGAGGAGGUGGCCGUGUAUUUCACCGUGGGAGAGUGGUCCCUGCUGGAUCCGGACCAAAGAGCUCUCUACUGGGAAGUCAUGCUGGAGAACUACGGGAGCGUGGCCUCUCUGGGAGAGAGAUUUGUUGAAUAUUCAGAGUGUGAAAAGAAAUUCAGUUUGAAGGGCAGUCUUCAACAGCAUAAAAGAACCCACACAGGGGAGAAACCGUUUGAAUGCCCAGAGUGUGGAAAGAGAUUCAGUUGGAGUGCCCAUCUUCUAGGGCAUCUGAGAACCCAUACAGGGGAGAAACCUUUUGAAUGCUCAGAGUGUGGAAAGACAUUCAGUGCACGUAGCCACCUACAAGUGCAUAAAAGAAACCACACAGGGGAGAAACCAUUUGAAUGCUCAGAGUGUGGAAAGAGAUUCAGCACGCACAGCCAUCUUCAAUAUCAUCAAAGAACCCACACAGGGGACAAACCUUUUGAAUGUUCAGAGUGUGGAAGGAGAUUCAGUCAGAGUAGCCAUCUUCAAGAACAUAAAAGAAGCCACACGGGGGAGAAACCUUUUGAGUGCUCAGAGUGUGGAAAGAGAUUCAGUACGAAUCGCUAUCUUCAAUAUCAUCAAAGAAUCCACUCAAGGGAGAAAACUUUUGAAUACUCAGAGUGUGGAAAGAGAUACCGUUCACAUGGCAGUCUUCAGUAUCAUCAAAGAACCCAUACAGCGGAGAAACCGUUCGAAUGCUCAGAGUGUGGAAAGAGAUUCAGUCAGAAUGCAAAUCUUCAAUAUCAUCAAAGAACCCACACAGGGGAGAAACCAUUUGAAUGUUCAGAGUGUGGAAAGAGAUUCAGUAGGAAUGCAAGUCUUCAGUAUCAUCGAAGAAUCCACACAGGGGAGAAGCCAUUUGAAUGCUCUGAGUGUGGAAAGAGAUUCAGUCAGAGUGGCACUCUUCAUGAUCAUCAAAGAACCCACACAGGGGAGAAACCAUUUGAAUGUUCAGAGUGUGGAAAGAGAUUCAGUUGCAAUAGCCAUCUUCAAGACCAUAAAAGAAUCCACACAGGGGAGAAACCUUUUGAAUGCUCGCAGUGUGGGAAGAGAUUCAGUCAGAGUGGCAGUCUUAAAUAUCAUCUAAGAAUUCAUACAGGCGAGAGACCUUAUGAAUGCUCAGAGUGUGGAAAGAGAUUCAGUUGCAAUAGCCAUCUUCAGGACCAUAAAAGAAUCCACACAGGGGAGAAACCUUUUGAAUGCUCAGAGUGUGGGAAGAGAUUCACUCAGGGUGGUGCUCUUCAACAGCAUAAAAGAACCCACAAACGGAGGAACUUUUUGAGCACUCAGAGUGUGGAAAGAGAUUUAAGUUGAGUAGCUAUCUUCAAAAGCAUCUGACAACCCACAUGAGGAAGAAUCAUUUUGAACUCUCAAAGUGUAGGAAGAGAUUCUGUCGCAGUG